AUGGAACGCGAAUCGAUUGAGCGAAAUUUCGACGCCUACGUGACGAAACUAGGCGACCCAAACAUUGAAACUAAAUUAAAAUGCGCUGCUGCGGUUGAAAUCCGUGACUCCCUGGAGCACCUAUGCUCUGGCGUUACGUACCCCAUUUUCCUGGCGAAGCUAUGGCCGGCGUUCAAGAAAGUGCUAAAGGGAGAGCCAGUGUUUAUCAGUUUGUCAUUUGAGCAGAAACUGCGGAACUGUAUCCUGGAGAUCCUCCACCGCCUACCUCUAGAGCUUCCGGAAGUUGAGCCAUAUGCCGGUGACAUUGUUGAUCUGCUCAUAGAGCUUGUCCGAAUCGAAAACGAAGACAAUGCUGUAAUAUGCAUGAAGACUAUCAUGGACCUCCAACGACGACAAGUCCGGGCGACACAGUCACGAGUCCAAUCAUUUCUAGAGCUCAUCCAGAACAUGUUUGAGGGGAUGCCGCAGGUUGUGAGAGACACUUUCGAUACUCCACAGGCUCAAACAUCCACCCCCGGGAUGCCUUCAACACCCAAUACUGCAGCUCAGAACUUCCAGUCUCCACGACCCAGUUCCCCAGCUACUUCAGUAUCUGAUCUAGGGCCGGAGCAGCAGCAACCAAAUCAAAUGCUGGCGAAGGGCAUGCACUCGUUUAAGGUACUGGCGGAGUGUCCUAUUAUUGUUGUCUCAAUCUUCCAGAUACACCGCCACCCUGUAACCACUAAUGUGAAGGUGUUUGUUCCUCUUAUAAAAGGAAUACUGCUCCUCCAAGCGCGGCCGCAAGAGAAAGCUCACAGCGAAGCCAAAGCGCAGGGGAAGAUUUUCACCGGGGUUAGCAAAGAUAUCAAGAACAGGGCCGCUUUUGGAGAAUUCAUCACUCUUCAGGUAAAGACGAUGAGUUUCCUUGCCUACUUACUAAGAGUGUAUGCAAGUCAUCUCCAGGAUUUCCUUCCUUCCCUGCCUGGAGUUGUUGUUCGCUUGCUACAGGACUGUCCCCGGGAGAAGUCUAGUGCAAGGAAGGAGCUCCUGGUCGCAAUCCGACACAUAAUUAAUUUCAACUACCGAAAGAUCUUCCUCGAAAAACUCGACGACCUUUUGGACGAGCGGACGUUGAUCGGCGAUGGCCUUACAGUCUAUGAAGCGCUCAGACCGUUAGCAUAUAGCAUGUUAGCUGACCUGAUACACCAUGUGCGAGAGUCUCUCACUCGUGACCAAAUCCGCCGUACUCUCGAAGUCUACACCAGGAACCUCCAUGAUGACCUUCCAGGAACAAGCUUCCAGGCGAUGAGCGCGAAGCUUCUAUUGAACAUGGCAGAGAAAAUAGCUAGCAUGGAGAAUAAGAAGGAGGCGCGGUACUUCCUUAUCAUGAUUCUCGAUGCUAUUGGGGACAAGUUCGCUUCUAUGAACUACCAAUAUAACAAUGCGGUCAAGGCAUCGAAACUAGUCAAGCAGAAUGCCGACAAUUUGUCAGAAGGAUACCUUGCUGAUAAAAACCAUCCUCCAGACUGGGACGAGAUUGACAUAUUCACUGCAGCACCAAUUAAAGCCACUAACCCCAGAGAUAGGAAUGCCGACCCUGUCAAUGAUAAUAAGUUCUUAUUUAAGACUCUCAUCACUGGUUUGAAGGGCCUGUUCUAUCAGCUAAAGAGCUGCAACCCAGAGGACCUAAAACUGGAUCCAUCGUACACACCAGUCAACUGGGCAGAAGUCUCGUUUGGCUAUAAUGCUGAAGAAGUCCGCAUCAUCAAGAAACUCUUCCACGAAGGCGCUGGGCUUUUCAGAUAUUAUGGUGCUGAUAGCAAGGAGCCUGAGGUUCAGUAUGCAAGUCCUCUUGAAUUCCUCUCUAGUCAGUACAUGCGACACAUGAGUUCGGAGGAAAAGGAGCUUCUUGAAAGUUUCGGGACUAUUUUCCACUGUGUCGACACUGCUGCAUUCCAUGAAGUAUUCAAGAGCGAGAUUCCCUAUCUGCACAGCCUCAUGCUGGAGCAUAGUGCUCUACUUCAUCUCCCACAGUUCUUCCUCGCGAGCGAAGCCACAUCUCCAGCCGUUGCUGGUAUGACUCUACAGUACCUAAUGGAACACAUCCAUGAAGUUGGUUCUGCGGAUGUGGCCAACUCGCGGAUUCUCUUGAGAAUGUUCAAGCUUUCGUUCAUGGCCGUCACGCUCUUUUCGACGCAGAACGAACAGGUGCUUCAUCCUCAUGUCACCAAGAUUGUGGCCAAGUGUAUUGAAUAUUCUGUAACCGCAGAAGAACGGAUGAACUAUUUCUUACUUCUUAGGUCGCUUUUCCGAAGUAUUGGAGGUGGGCGCUUUGAGUUGCUCUACAAAGAGCUACUGCCCUUGCUGGAGAUGCUGCUGGAAACAUUCAAUAAUCUCCUACUUGGAGCUAGGAAGACGCAGGAACGCGAUUUAUACGUUGAACUGACACUCACUGUCCCGGCACGACUUAGCCAUUUACUUCCGCAUCUUAGCCAUCUUAUGAGACCGUUAGUUGUUGCUCUCCGUGCGGGAUCUGAUCUCGUCAGCCAGGGCCUUAGGACCCUUGAACUCUGCGUUGAUAACCUUACUGCCGACUACUUGGACCCAAUCAUGGCCCCGAUAAUGGAUGAACUUAUGACUGCUCUUUGGGACCAUCUCCGGCCAAACCCUUACAGCCACUUCCAUGCUCAUACAACAAUGAGAAUUCUCGGAAAACUUGGUGGACGAAACCGAAAAUUCCUUAACCACCCCCCCGAGCUCUCAUUCCAACACUACUCUGAUGAUACCCCGAGUAUGGAUAUCAAACUAAUUGGGUCUAAUAAGGACAGAGCCUUUCCUCUGGAUAUUGGAAUUGACCUUGCCUUGGGCAAAUUACUUGACAGUGUCCCAGCCAAUGCAUCUGAGACUGUACAGAAGGCAGAUUUGUUCUAUAAAAAACAAGCAUACCGUAUGCUGAGCUCUCAACUGAAGCUUUACAUUGGAUUUGAACAUCCACCCGAGGACUUGGCAACACUCCUACGCCUCCAGGCCAACGAUCUAGCGGACGGGAAAUUCUCUGGAACCGUGGAUAUCUUAGAGAAGUCCGAUCGUCAAUGCUCUUCUGCAAAGAGGCUAGCACAGGAAACUACCCUCAAGAAGUUAUUGAAGGCUUGCAUAGUUGCAUCUACAAUCCCGCAUUUGAAACAGGCUGCAACCACUUUCCUAGCUGACGUCUGCCGUCAUUUCACCAUAAUUGAAAUUGGACGGUCCCUGGCACAGUCACGGCAUAUACGUCGACCCUUCAGCGUGUCACUCGGCGAAGGCCCCUUGUAUCUGGAUACAAGGACUCUUGCUGAUGCUGUGGUCGAAUGUUUAGCAUCUGAAAAUCCAGCGGUUCGUGACGCCGCUAAGGAGGUGAUUUUCAAUGUCCGAAAUGCUGCCGUUAUCAUAUUCGGCUCUGCUGAGAAGGCAGGAAAGCUCCCAUUCUUCCCCCACCUUGGCAGGACACUUUGCCAUGCUUGCCAUGAUGAGGAGUGGUUUACAAAGGCUGCCGGAAGCCUUGGUAUACAUCUUUUCGUUACCGAACUAGACUUGGGAAACGCUUGGUUGAUAGACCGGCAAGUUGAAUUUAUUCGUGCCCUCAUGUAUGUCAUUAAAGAUACACCAUCGGAUUUCCCAGGAGCGACUCGAAUCCAAGCACAAAAGACAAUGGACUUAAUUCUCCAGAAAUGCAACGAGGGGGUUUCGAAAGAUGAGCUGAAAAAUGAACGCGGCCGGGUGUUGGCUUUGUGUGGCGUCUUAAGCUAUGAAUUAUCCCAUAUGAACAAAUACGUUCGUCAAGCUGCCCAGAGUGGAAUAGCAACUCUAGCUGCAACGUUAAAUGCGGAAGUUCAUGAGCUAAUUACUCCCGUCAAAGACCGACUUUUGAUGCCAAUAUUCAACAAACCGCUGCGCGCCUUGCCAUUCCCUACUCAGAUUGGCUGUAUCGAAGCGAUAGCAUACUGCCUCGGUCUUCGUCAGAACAUCGUCACGUUCAAUGAUCAGCUCAACCGUUUGCUAAUGGAAUCCCUGGCCCUUGCUGAUGUGGACGACGAUGCAUUGGCAGCUAAACCAAACGAGUUUAAGACUGCUGAGCAGAUCGUUAACCUCCGUGUCUCCUGUCUUCGCCUUCUCUCAAUGGCCAUGGGUUUCCCCGACUUUGCAAGUGGGCCACAGAGUCAUAGCCGCGCCAGAAUCAUUGCUUGUUUCUUCAAGUCGUUGUAUUCGAGAUCUCCCGAGAUUAUUGAAGCAGCUAAUUCUGGCCUCCGUGAUGUUCUCACACAAACCAACAAGUUGCCUAAGGACCUACUUCAAAACGGCCUUCGACCAAUCUUGAUGAACCUUCAGGACCCUAAGCGCUUGAGUGUUGCUGGUUUGGACGGAUUAGCUCGCCUUCUCACCCUAUUGACAAAUUAUUUCAAAGUCGAAAUAGGAUCGCGACUCUUGGACCACAUGAGAGUCAUUGCUGAUGAGAAUAUCUUGCAGAGAGCAUCCUUCGGGCUUGUCGAACAAAAUCCUUCCAUGAAAAUUGUUGCUGCUAUCUUCAAUAUUUUCCAUCUUCUUCCUGCAGCUGCCACUUCAUUCAUGGAGAACCUUGUCAACAAAGUUUUGUACUUGGAAGAUCGAUUGAGGCGGACUUCUAGCAGCCCUUUUAGGAAGCCGUUGCUCAAAUACCUCAACCGAUAUCCUAGAGAGAGCUGGAUUUUUAUGCAGGCUAAGUUCCAGGAAGAGAAAUACGGAAGAUUCUUCGGUCAGCUAUUAGCAAGCCCUGAGAGUUCGGCCUUGCGUUCAACCAUAUUUGCGGAUUCCGAAACAUUGAUAAAACUUGCUUUCUUACAGGAAGAGUCUCCCCGCAAAAACACGGCAGCCAUCAAUGGGAUAUAUUUUGUUCAUUCGCUUUGCUCUCACGAAGCUACCAAAGGCUUUUUGAAUGCCCAGCCUGACUUGAAACGACACCUCUUGAACAGUGGUCGAGAUUUGAAUUCUAAGUUACGCAAUGACAAACUUCCUCCAGAUGAGAGGCUGAGAGUCGAACAAGCUCAAGACCAGUUGUUGGAAAUAUUUACCAUCCACCUUUCACAGUCCCUCGAUGAUCUCGAUUUCCUAUUCGACGUCAUUGACAAGAUAUCUGCUUGUGACCUGAAGACAACUCUUACGUUGCCGAAAUUUUUCUAUCAGUACAUUAUCACAAAUCCAUCUAUUGCUUACCGGAGGUCUGUCAUUGCUCGGUGUUUGGAUCUGUACAACCAACGUACCUCUUCUCAGAGAUUGAAGACCUAUGCCUUCCACUAUCUGGUUAAUCCCAUACUCGCCAUGGAUGUGAAAAACACCUGGGACAGUCCGAUCCCUGGUACGGGAGUUCUUGAUCGAAAUCUGACCGAUCUUAUUCAUAAUCGACUAUGGAAACCACAGCUAGGGGACCUUAGCGAAGAGUCUGCUCAGGCAGGGAUAGAUCAUUCCCGCAUGGAGCUACUUCAGCUUUCCGCAUUGCUUAUAAAAUAUCAUCAUGGCAUUGUUCAGGAGACCAGGAAGGAUAUCAUCAAAUUUGCAUGGAGCUACAUUCGUCUUGAAGACACCAUCAACAAAUAUGGCGCAUAUGUGCUAAUCAGUUAUUUCAUUGCUCAUUAUGAGACGCCCUCAAAGAUUGUCGUGCAAAUCUAUGUUGCUUUGUUGAGAGCCCAUCAGAACGAGGGAAAAUCUUUGGUUACUCAGGCAUUGGAAAUCCUGGCGCCCUCUCUUCCAAAGAGGAUUCUCUCUGGCCCUGAUCCACGUUUCCCAGUAUGGGCGAGAUGUCCGCGCCGCAUUCUAACGGAAGAGACUGCGAACUUACAGCAGGUCAUGAGCAUACUUCAAUUCCUUGUUCGACAGCCGGAUCUUUUCUAUGAAUCUCGUGAAUACUUUAUCCCUCUCAUAAUCCCCUCCCUCGUUAAGAUUGCAGGCCCAUCCAAUGUUUCCUUCGACAGCAGGAAGCUCGUCUUACACUUGGUUAACCUUAUUUGGAUUUGGGAAGAGAAGAGAGUGACUGGACGACGAGACCCGACUUCUCCAAACUCGGCAAAACGGAAAUUAGCUGAGUUCCAAGCAUCGCCGUCAAUGAGUACCACACCGCUGCCACACAAAGAGCGCCCAGAAUACACCAUCCCACUCGACUUAAGAACGCCCCUUAUCAAAUAUCUGGUUACUUUUGUCUGCAGUCUUGUUGAUCGCUUCUCUGUCCCUGCCGCGAAGUUCCGUGAAUUGCCAUCUAAGGCUCACCAAGUUUUAAAUAACUAUGGAGAAAUUUGCAAGAAAUCAGUGGUUCUACUCCGAAAUUUUCUUUCACCUGACUACUGGCCUGAUGUGGAUAUUGAUCUUUACCAGAAAACCCUCGAACCUGUUUUGUGCAGCGAAAAGGCCGAGAAGCCUGAUGAAAAGCAUACAACGAGCAUGAUCAACUCACUCCAGGUUCUACGAAUUCUCUUGGCCGGAAAACCGAACAGCUGGAUUCUCGACCGCAUGUCUACCAUCCAGCAUCUUGUGGAAAAGGCCUUACGGUCUGAUAACCCUGAGAUCCAAGACUGUUUACAUGGGGGUGAGGAUGACAUGGACAUAUCCCCAAAGUUACCACCACCAAUUAAGAGAGUUCUGGAUGCUCUACCACAAGAAGAGCCGGUGGAAGAAGAAGGUGGCAUGGACGUCGAUAAGCCGUCGGCUGAGUUUGUGACCUUCCUCUCAACAAUCGCUACUGAGUCGAUCUCGAGUGGCAAUUAUAUCGCUGGAAUCAAUAUCCUCUGGACACUUUCGAAAUGUCAACCUGCGGAGAUGGACCAGCAUAUUCCCCACGUCAUGAAGAUCUUCUCACAAAAGCUUGCGAAGGAUCAUGUUGCUGCUUUUACCAAUGCGCCACCUGUAGCUAAUCGCAAUGCAGAACAACAAGCACCAGUGCCCGAUCCCCACGAAGUAGAGAUUGGCAUCGACUUGAUCUCGAAAACUAUCGAUUUGAUUGCCGUUCGAAUGUCAAACCUGGGUGACCAAAGACGGCCCUUCCUAAGUGUGUUGGCGCAAUUGGUUGAGAGAUCUCAGAAUAUUCCCCUUUGCACCAAGAUUCUAGGAAUGGUAGAGAACUGGAUCUUCCAGCCCACGGAAUCCUGGCCUACUUUGAAGGAAAAGACUGCUGUCCUGCAUAAGAUGCUGCUGUUUGAAUCUAGGACUGAUUCGACAAUGCUUGGAAAGUUCUUGGAACUUGUUAUCCGAGUCUAUGAAGAUCCCAAGAUCACACGAACUGAGCUCACGGUUAGACUGGAACAUGCUUUCCUUAUUGGUACCAGAGCCCAGGAUGUUGACAUGCGAACCCGUUUCAUGUCGAUAUUUGACAAGAGUUUAACACGCUCUGCCAAUACUCGCCUGAGCUACGUUCUGACCUCACAGAACUGGGACACCCUCGCAGAAUCAUUCUGGCUCACGCAAGCCUCGCAGCUGGUGAUGGGGUCGGUCGAUAUGUCUGCAUCAGUUAAGCUACAUCCAGACGAUUUCACAAUUCCUCCUACAUCCUUCAUAUUUGGGCACUCUGAGAAAGACCCUGCUAAAGAGAAUAUUAUCGUUGAUAACCACCUGGAGGCUCUAGUGGCAGAACAAAAGAAAUUCUCCGCAGACCUUGGGGACGUCAAAGCUCGAGAUAUCCUUGAGCCACUCACAGAGCUCCAGCAUGCUGAUCCCGAAGUCGCGUACAAAGUCUGGGUUAGCUUGUUUACCAUCUGCUGGGCCUCUUUGACACGAGACGAGCGAAUCGACCUGGAAAAAGGCAUGGUAUCGCUUCUCACGCGUGAAUACCACCAUAGACAAAUCGAUGAACGGCCCAAUGUUGUACAGGCGCUUCUCGAGGGUGUAAUUAGGGCUAGUCCCCGUUUCAAGAUCCCUCCUCAUGUUAUGAAAUUCCUUAGCCGUACGUUUGAUGCUUGGUAUAUGGCUGCCAUCGCUCUGGAACGGUACGCGAUUGAUCCAGUUAUCGAUACACCAGUAGUUCGGGAGAGUAACCUGGAUGCUCUUGUUGAAAUAUAUGCUGGGCUACAGGAAGAUGAUAUGUUUUACGGUACAUGGAGAAGGCGCUGUAAAUUCGUCGAAACCAAUGCUGCUCUUUCUUAUGAACAACAAGGGAUGUGGGAUAAAUCACAGCAAUUGUACGAAUCAGCUCAGAUAAAGGCACGCACUGGUUCCAUUCCAUUUGCCCAAGCCGAGUAUUUCCUUUGGGAAGAUCAUUGGAUGAUAUGUGCUCAAAAACUCCAACAGUGGGAUAUUCUAACUGAUUUCGCGAAACAUGAGAACUUUAACGAUAUGCUUUUGGAGGCCACUUGGAGAAACCUGGAGAAUUGGCAAGGCGAUACCAAUCGUGAACAAAUUGACUCUCUGUUGAAGUCGGUUUCGGAUGCGCCAACCCCCCGCCGCACCUUUUUCCAGGCGUUUAUGUCAUUGUUAAAAUUCCACACCAAGCAAGAGAGUUUACAGGAGUUUAAUAACGUUUGUGACGAAUCUAUCCAACUCUCGAUUCGAAAAUGGCACCAGCUUCCGAAGCGGAUUACCAACGCGCAUAUUCCCAUCUUACAGAACUUCCAACAACUUGUUGAGCUUCAUGAUGCCAGCGUUAUCUGCACAAGCCUUUCGCAAACGAAUGAGCGGAACAUGGAUACGAAAUCGGCCGAAUUGAAACUCCUUCUUACCACAUGGCGAGAUAGGUUACCCAAUGUCUGGGAUGAUAUCAAUGCCUGGCAGGACCUUGUUACAUGGCGACAACAUAUCUUCCAGCUUAUCAAUUCCACGUACCUUAGUCUUCUCCCUCCGCAGACUAACAAUGUGGCAAGCAAUUCGUAUGCCUUCCGGGGAUACCACGAAACUGCAUGGAUAAUCAAUAGAUUUGCCCAUGUCGCACGGAAACACCAGAUGCCAGAAGUUUGCAUUAAUCAACUCAGCCGAAUCUACACUUUACCCAACAUUGAGAUUCAAGAAGCCUUUUUAAAGCUGAGAGAGCAAGCAAAGUGCCAUUAUCAGAACCCAAAGGAGCUCAAUAGUGGACUAGAGGUUAUCAACAACACUAAUCUCAACUACUUCAAUGCCCAACAAAAGGCUGAAUUCUAUACCCUGAAGGGCAUGUUUUUGGCGAAAUUGGACCAUAACAUGGAGGCAAAUGAGGCAUUUGGUGUCGCUUUAUUCUAUGACUUACGCCUGGCUAAGGCAUGGGCUGAGUGGGGCCAGUACAGUGAUCAACGAUUCAAAGCUGAUCACUCAGAUAUGGACCAGGCUUGCAAUGCAAUAAGCUGCUACCUGGAAGCAGCUGGCCUGUACAAAAAUCACAAGUCUAGGAAGCUCCUUAGCCGUAUCCUCUGGUUGUUAAGUCAAGACAAUGAUGAAGGGAAAAUUGCAAGUGCUUUCGAGAGCUUCAAGGGGGACACUCCUGUCUGGUACUGGAUUACCUUCAUUCCUCAGCUUCUUGCAAGUCUUGCACACCGGGAAGCUAGGCUUUGCAAGGCAGUCCUUGGGAAAAUCGCAAAGCUGUAUCCCCAGUCACUCUUCUUCUUGCUCAGGACCAGCCGUGAGGAUUAUCUGGGCCUCAAGAAGUCGCAGGAGCAAAAGCAGGAAAAACUUAAUCGCGCAAAAGCAUCCGGUUCUCCAACUGUGAAGAGUGGCUCCCCAGAGACCAAGCCUUCUAUUAUCCCAGAUGCCACAGCGACGUCGAGUUCUCCGAGGGCUGUAGCGUCUCCUAAGCCGACACCCCCUGUAGCAAAUGGACAAACUCCUAAUGAAGGCGAUGCAACUCAAAAGGAUAAACAACCUUGGGAAUAUGCAGAUGAGACAAUGGCUGGUCUUAAAACAGCCUUCCCUCUACUCGCCUUGACCAUGGAGACUAUGGUGGACCAGAUACAUAAGAACUUCAAAUGCCCGCCAGAUGAAGAUGCUUAUAGACUUAUUGUUGCUUUACUCAAUGAUGGCCUUGCAUAUGUGGGCCGGAUGCCUACGUCGUAUGCACAAGAUUGCAAGCUCCCACAUUCUACGGAAGCAAACAUCACACGCUUCGCAGAAACCAUUCUCCCUGCACACAUACGAAAGUCGUUCGAAGCCGAUUUUGUCACCAAGAAGCCAACCAUGUACGAGUACAUCCAUAAACUGCGUCGAUGGAGGGACAAAUUCGAAGAAAAGCUGGACCGCCGACCACAAUAUGCUCACCUGGAAUCAUUUUCCUCCCAUCUUAGUGAGUUCAAGUUCAUGAAAUUUGAUGAAGUGGAGGUCCCUGGGCAAUAUCUCGAACACAAUGACAAGAACCAAAACUUUGUUCGCAUUGAUCGGUUCCUUCCUCAUGUUGAUUUAGUGCGUGGAAUCGGUGUCUGUCAUCGUCGUUUGAGGAUUCGUGGUCAUGAUGGCAGUCUGCACACAUUUGCCGUUCAACACCCUGCAGCCCGCCACUGUCGUCGUGAGGAGAGGAUGCUUCAGCUCUUCCGAAUUUUCAAUUGUGUGUUAAGGAAGCGUAAGGAAAGCCGUCGACGUAACAUUUACUUCCAUCUUCCACUCAUGGUCCCUUUUGCACCACAUAUCCGCCUGGUCAAGGACGACCCGUCCUACAUCUCUUUGCAGGGUAUAUACGAAGAUCACUGCCGCCAGACUGGAAUGGCCAAAGACGAACCAGUCCUGUUCACAAUGGAAAAAAUGCGGGCACUCGCAGAAGCAAAAGCAAAUGUAAGUGUGCCAUAUAUGGGCAACUCAAAUUUGGAUCUAACUGACUGUUUUCAGCGUGCGCCCGAGCAAGCUGGAGUCCUUCGUACCGAGAUUUUCGAUGCGAUUCAGAAGAAAUGGGUGCCCAACACUAUUCUCUUGCAGUAUGUCCAGCAAACAUAUCCAAAUUUUGCGGACUUCUGGCUCUUCCGACGACAAUUUUCGUAUCAGUAUGCUGCAAUAGCCUUCAUGACAUACGUGAUGCAUAUGGGCAACCGAUACCCAAGCAAAAUACACAUCUCUAGACGGACAGGGGAUAUCUGGAGCUCCGAGUUGAUUCCAGCGAUGAACUCUGCUAGGGCAAUAUUCUACAAUCCAGAACAGGUUCCCUUCCGGUUAACCCCUAACAUUCAAACGUUGAUGGGCCCAUUGACAACUGAAGGCAUAUUUGCCUGUGCUAUUAUGGCCAUUGCUCGCUGCCUCACUGAACCAAGACUCGAAUUGGAACAGCAGCUCAGCAUUUUCGUACGGGAUGAACUUGUGAUGUGGGCCAGCGCGCAACAGCGAGUCCUCCAGCAACUUAAAGAUAUGGUGCAAAGCAAUAUUGACUAUAUCGUCAACCGAGCAGCCAGCUUGACAAGUUCUCCUGAUGGCAACCUUCCUGCGAACCAGUCAGUAAUUGACCUUAUUUCUCGAUCCGUCAAUCCUCACAACCUUGCUCAGUGUGAUGCUUUAUGGAUGGCCUACGUCUGA